AAGACGCGGUCCAGCUGUUCCUUAGUGUUUGCGAUGAGGAGCUUCCCUCAAUCAAAUUCAUAAUCACCGGUGAUACCGUGCUUGACAAUCCGAGUAAUUAAUGGUAUUGGAGAGCCUGUUGCAAAUUUUCCCCGGUAACGAAUCAUGUCAGCCGCGAAAAAUUUCGGAAAGAUCAAAGUAGCGCUCAUUGAUCUCAGUGGGACCCUUCACAUUGGAAAUCACGUCACUACCGGUGCCCCGGAGGCGCUUGCACGACUGCGGCAAGCCGGCGUGAAGGUCCGCUUCGUGACGAACACUACAAAGGAGAGCUCGGGGAAAUUAUACCAAAGACUUAUCGAUCUCGGUUUCGAAAUCGAUCGGAACGAGAUUUUCUCCUCUCUGAUCGCGGCCAGAGAAUAUGUCAGGAACCACCGUUACCGUCCUUACCUUCUCGUUCACGACGACGCCAUGGAGGACUUCCACGAAUACCAGGGACUCCAGAAUCAUAACGCCGUACUAGUCGGCCUCGCUCCGGACAAGUUUGUCUACUCGAAACUGAAUGAGGCGUUCCAAGUGAUCCUGAACGGCGGACAGCUUGUGGCGAUACACAAGGGCCGUUAUUUCCGGGAUGAUAAGGGACUAUCUCUCGGUAGUGGUCCGUUUGUUGCUGCCCUAGAGUACGCCACCGGGGUCACCGCGGAAGUUGUGGGUAAACCAAAUAAGAGGUUUUUCGCGCAAGCGUUGGAGGGACUGACUGAUGACGCGAAGGAAGCUGUCAUGAUUGGCGACGACAUCAUGGAUGAUAUCCAGGGAGCGCUGGAUUUCGGCAUGGGAGCUAUUCUGGUGAGAACGGGGAAAUACCUCGCGGGAGACGAGCUCAAAAGUCAUCCGACGGCACACGUAGCCAAUUUCAACGCUGCGGUCGAUUUCAUCGUUGAGCACAAUUAUCUGAAAUGAUGUUACAAAUAUACUAGUGGACUUCUCCACAAUCGUUACUGAAACCAUCCAAAGGGCGCAUCGUAUAAUCCG